AUGGAGGCUUUGCUGGCACACUCGUUCGAUUACCUUUCCUCUUACGAACCAAGCAAAGUUCGCAAAGGGCUGCGGCAGGUCGAAGGGCUCCUCGCACAGAUUUGUUUAUCCAAGACGAAACGCCCGGCGUCUGACAAACGGCGUUCCCUUUUGUCGUUUGGGGCUCCGCAACCGGUGCCCAAGUCUUUGGCCGAGCUUCGAGAUGAUCCGGCCUUCAGGGAAUUUUUCAAACUUCAGGAGGGGUUUCAAUGGAAUGUCGCAAUGCGCUUGGUGACAUGUCUCGAACACCUGCUUGGGCGGGGGAGCAAUGGCACCAAUGACCUUCUCAUCGUCUCCACACUCGAUCUGAUACAGGGUGUGCUCCUCCUCCACCCUCCAUCGCGCACACUGUUCGCGCGCGAAAUCUACAUGAACCUACUUCUGGACCUCCUUGAUCCAAUCAACUGCCCCGCCAUCCAGUCUGCGACCCUUCUCACCUUGGUCACGGCUCUUUUGGACCACCCCGCCAACACGCGCACUUUCGAGGAACUUGACGGACUGCUUACGGUGACCUCGCUUUUCAAGCAACGUGCAACAUCUCGUGAAGUCAAGCUCAAACUCGUCGAAUUCCUGUAUUUCUACCUGAUGCCGGAAACACCGAUGAUCCCCACUAGCGCAGCGAGUGCGCCCAACACAGCAGUCCUUGGACAUCAACGGAGUCCAAGUAAACUUGGUGUUUCCCCGGUCUCCCGGAGUGUUAAUGUGCCCGGUGCCUACGGCGGCGGAAAGGCGCAUCGGGAUACACGUACGACUGACGAGAAGCAAGCAUUAUUGGGCCGGUAUUUGAACAAUGUGGAGGAUCUGGUCGAGGAUUUGAAAGAAACAGCACCCUUUGGAGCAACAGUCUAUUAG